AGGGUGUUCCGGGUUUGGAGAAACUGCCUGGCUCAGGAGACCCCCAAGGUCGUCUCCUUUGACUAGCGUGGAGGCACCGCGUGCGACGAGGGGACUCCCACAGGGACCGCCACUGGGAGACGCGUCAUCCCGCUCCCCUCUUUAAGAGGAAGGCUCCAGAAUGGAGCUCAGGAAUUGGGAGUCCUGAGUGGGCCGGGCCGGGUUUCUGUCGCUCGGGAGGCCAGUUUAACCAGUCCGUCCCUGGGAGAAGUUGGCCAGGACCGGGACAGUUCGGGCUCCGCACCCGCCCACACAGGCCAGGCCGAGGGCUGGAAGGGCGCGUUUGGGGACUGAGAGGGACUUGGAUUAAAGCCGAAGAAGGGGUCAGAGACAGGAACUUGGAACCCUGCUGGGCCAGCUACCCAGCGUCCCCAGCCCGGUCAUUCGCCCAAGUCUGCUGGGCCAGCAGCUCCCAGGCUGGUUUAUACAGACAGAGCCGGUGCCCGAUAUACCCCUGUCCACGCCCCCGGCGCUGCGCACCCCACCCCAACACUGGUGUCAGCUGAGAACCCUGCCUCCUGUGGGGACUAGAGGGUAGGCACGUUCACCUUCACGCCUUUACUCUUGUGUAAUCCCAGAAGCUACUAGGAUUCUUGAACCGAGCAGCAGGUGCCUGGCUGGUGCCCAGUCUUAACCAGAAGCCAAACUUGGUGCCGUCAUUAGUCCCACCCCAGUAAAGAACUGCUGGGGCUGGAUGGUCAUGGGGGAGCCUGCUAGAGAGGAGUACAAAAUCCAGUCUUUUGAUGCAGAGACUCAGCAGCUGCUGAAGACAGCACUCAAAGAUCCAGGUGCUGUGGACUUGGAGAAAGUGGCCAAUGUGAUUGUGGACCAUUCUCUGCAGGACUGUGUCUUCAGCAAAGAAGCAGGGCGCAUGUGCUAUGCCAUCAUUCAGGCUGAGAGCAAGCAAGCAGGCCAGAGUGUCUUCCGACGGGGACUCCUCAACCGGUUGCAGCAGGAGUACCAGGCUCGGGAGCACCUGCGAGCCCGGUCCCUGCAGGGCUGGGUCUGCUACGUCACCUUUAUCUGCAACAUCUUUGAUUACCUGAGGGUUAACAACAUGCCCAUGAUGGCCCUGGUGAACCCCGUCUAUGACUGCCUCUUUCGGCUGGCCCAGCCUGACAGUCUGAGCAAGGAGGAAGAGGUGGACUGCCUGGUGCUCCAGCUGCAUCGGGUGGGGGAACAGCUGGAGAAGAUGAACCGACAGCGCAUGGAUGAGCUCUUUGUCCUAAUCCGGGACGGCUUCCUGCUCCCAAGCGGCCUCAGCUCCCUGGCCCAGCUGCUGCUGCUGGAGAUCAUUGAAUUUCGGGCGGCCGGCUGGAAGACAACCCCGGCUGCCCACAAGUAUUACUAUAGCGAGGUCUCCGACUAG